AUUCAAAUCUAUUAAAAAUCAACUUAAAUUCACUUAUUUUAUUUAUUUAUUAUUUUUUUUAAAAAAAAAUUACUUAUUUUAUGUUGAGUUGGAGUCAUGUUGACAAUCUUGUCUAAUUUUAUCAUCUUAAUAAUGGUUCUUUCUUUUGUGCCAAAGUUAAAUUUCACAGCUCAAAAGCAUAAAUAAUGUAUUAAGCCUGUUUUCUUCCAAUAGUCUCAGUAGUGAUGCAUAAAUAAUGUAUUAGGCCUGUUAAAGUUGUUGAGUUUGUGAUUUUAAUAUUUGUUUCAACCUAAAUUGUGUUAGAAUGAUACAUUCUAGUGUGGGAUUUAUUUUGCUUGAUUGUAUGUUGAUUAUCCAACAAAAAAAAAAAAAAUUGAUUACGUUUAUAUAUGCAGUACAAUUAUCAAAUCAAAAAUUAACUGAGCUAAGGAGGCUCAAAGAAUCAAAAGGUGGCGAAGGUGGCAUUACCAUUCUAUUUUAAAUCAAGAUUCAAAUGUAAAUUUGAGUGGAACUUGUGUUUAAGAGUUUAUUGUGAAAAUAAUUAGAAUUAUUUUCAUCAACAAGGUAAACUUAAAGGAUAGAAUCACACCAAAGAAAAUAAAAUUUAAUUUAAACUCAAAACAUGCAAUAAGAGAAAAAAAAAUUUAGAGAAAAAAUUAUCACCACCAUUAAAAUGGGUCCAAACAAAGAUAUCUUUUUUGUCAUCAACCCAAAAAUAAUGGAGCUGAGUUUCUUUCUAAAAUACUGAGCUCCAACUCAGUCAACGAACUUGCAUACAGAAACAGUAUCAUUACCAACUUACAUUUUUGCAUUACAACUUAAUUCUCUACAUCUUUUCUUUUCUUUUCUUCGAUAUCUUCUCUUCCCAGUCUCUCUCUCUAAUAUCCUGAAGUAAUUGUGGUUAAUUAGGGUGUUGAGAUUGAGCAAUGGAGCUGGUGAGCCCAAUCUUGGAUGUUGCGUGUCGAUUAUGUGGUUGCAUCGGAAAUUCUACCAACAAUAUUUGUCAUCUCCAAAAAAAUCUCACCACUUUGAGAACGGAGAUGGAAAAAUUGAAAAGUCAAAGAGUCGAUAUGAGGCACGAAGUUGAAACUGCUGAGAGGCAACCAAUGGGUCAACGAAGCAGUCAAGUUGAUCUCUGGCUUCACGGUGUGGAAGAACUGGAGAGGGAAGUGGACCAGAUUCUCCAAAAGGGUGAUGAGCAGAUCCAGAGAAGAUGUUUCAAAGUUUGCCCCAGAAAUUGCUGGUCUACCAACAAAAUCGGAAAGGAAGUUUGGGGAAAGUUACAAGCCGUGUCUCAAGCGAUCAAUGAAGGUACAAACAUUCCUGUGGCAGUAACAUCGGCCCCGCCACAUGCCCAAGAAAUGCCCCUCAACAGGACUGUGGGCUUGGAUUCGAAAUUGAACGAGGUCUUGGGACUCCUUACAGACGAUGGUGGCCCUGGAAUCAUCGGGAUAUACGGGAUGGCAGGAGUUGGAAAAACAACCCUUCUCACGAAACUCAACAAUGAGCUUACAAAGCAGGUCAUCUCUGGAGGGUUUGAUGAGGUGAUUUGGGUUGUGGUGUCUAAAGAUCGAAGUAGCGUCGAGAGCGUUCAAGAUAAAAUGGGGAAAAAGCUAGGAUUUCCAGAAACAUGGAGCCGUGAUAAUACCCAAGACGAGAAGAAAGGAGAAAUCUUCAGGGUAUUGCGAAUGAAGAGAUUUGUGCUACUUUUAGAUGACAUAUGGAGUCCGAUUGAUCUUGUUGAAGUGGGAAUUCCACUACUUCCAGCCGACAAUCAACCUAAGUCUUCCAAGGUAGUGUUCACCACCAGAUUCAUGAAUGUGUGCGGUGUUAUGGAAGCCAAGAAGACGAUUGAAGUGGAAUGUUUGGCAUGGCAGGCAGCCUGGGAUCUGUUUAAAGAUAAGGUGGGAGAAGAGACCCUCAAUUCCCACCCCGCGAUAGGGAAGCUGGCAGAAGAUGUUUGCAAAGAAUGCGCCAGAUUGCCAUUGGUGCUGAUUACAAUUGGACGAGCCAUGGCUGCCAAAACAACUCCCCAAGAAUGGAAUUAUGCAUUAAAUGUGCUGAAGAAUUCUACAUUCAAAAUUUCAGGUAUGGAAAAUGAGGUGUUUCGCCGUUUAAAGUUCAGUUAUGAUAACUUGUGUGAUGAAACAACUCGGAUUUGCUUCCUAUAUUGUGCUCUCUAUCCAGAAGAUUGGGAUAUUGGUGUUGAGGAACUCAUAGAAUUUUGGAUAGGUGAGGGGUUUUUUGACGAUGAAUGUGAUAACAUUGAUGAGGCUUGUGAACUGGGAUAUGAAAUUAUUGGUAGGUUGAAGCGUGCAUGUUUAUUGUUGAAGAGCAAAGAAGGUUAUUCUGAUGUGAACAUGCAUGACGUGAUUCGGGACAUGGCAUUAAGUAUAGUUAAUUCGGAAAGUGGAAAGGAGAUCAAAUAUUUUGUGCAAGGAAAUCUUAAUUUGACCACAGCACCUCCUAUUUCUAAAUGGGAGAAGGCUGAACGAGUAUUUUUGUUGAAGAAUUCAAUUGAGGAAUUAAGUGAAACUCCUACAUGUCCCAAUCUCUUGACUUUAAAUCUUGCUAAUAAUUAUAAUAUGAGGACCAUAUCUGAUAGCUUCUUCCAGUUUAUGCCCGCUCUCAAAGUUUUAGACCUAUCAGGGAAUCACUGUUUAACCAAGUUACCGGCAAGUUUUUUUGGGUUGCGUUCCUUGCAACAUCUUAAUCUCUCGUUUACCGGCAUAAGGCAGUUGCCAAUUGAGUUUAAGUCAUUGGUAACUUUGAAGUAUUUAUAUCUGGGUGGUGGAUGGGAAGAUGAUAUAAUAAUCCCGCCGCAAGUUAUAUCAAGUCUAUUGAUUCUGCAAAGGUUGGAGUUCGUUUAUUGUAGUGUUUUGUUAGAAGGAAUUGAUGAAGGAAGCAACUUCAAAUUGUUUCUAGAUGAAUUGGAAAGCUUGAAUCACCUGCAAUAUUUAACUUUGACGGUGAAAACUGAAGUGGCACUCCAUAAUCUUUCAAGUUGGCGAAAAUUAGGAAGUUGCAUUGCUGGUCUAACUAUUAAAGAAUGGCAAGGCUCGAGUUCACUGCAAUUGUCUUCUCUACAAAAGAACGCAAAGAGACUAGAACGGCUUACAAUUGUAAAUUGUAGUGAUUUAGAGGAGUUGUCAAUGAGGCGGGAUCAUAUAAUAAUAGAUGCAGCAAGCAGAAGCUUCCAUAACCUUCGAAAUGUCGCGAUCCAUGAGUGCAGGGUUUUGAGGGAUCUAACAUGUCUAAUUUGGGUUCCCAAACUUCAAAAUUUGGAUAUUUUUGGAUGUGUUGCAAUGGAACAAGUAAUAAAAGAUGGGGAUUGCAGUGCUGAUGAUAUUGGUGGGGAAGGAAGUUCGAAUGUAUUCAGGGAGCUACAAACAUUGAGUCUGUUGAAUCUACCAGAGUUAAAGAGCAUCUGCAGUCAUCCAUUGCCCUUCCCCUCUCUCUUUAAAGUUGCAGUGGGUAACUGUCCGAAGCUGAACAAACUUCCAUUUGACUCCAAUAGUGGCAAAGGAACUCUACAAUCAAUUACAUGUGAGAGAGAUUGGUGGGAUAAGUUAAAAUGGGAGAAUGAAGAAACUCAGUCUGUUUUCUCUCCUCUUUUCAAACCAUGGUAAUUUUGAGGAAGAGUUGUCGUAUCUUACAGGUAUGGGAACUGCACGCGCAAGGAGACUGUUGCCUUUGGCGGACACAUCAUUGGAAGGGUUUUGCAGUUUCUUCAAGAAAUUCAAAGCUCAGACCGUCAGAUAUAUUUCUAUUGUGGUGAAGAUGCUUACAGGUGAUUGAGAAGAGCUGUAUUCGGAUUCUAUAUGUAUAUAUAUAUAUGAGUAUAUGUUUUGUUUAUAUUUGAUCUUAUUAGCCUUUGAUUGACAUGUUGCAUGUGGAUUUGGAGAGUGAUUUGGUUGAAUUUGAUAAUGUAUGAAUCUUCAUUUAGAACUCGUAGUUAUGUCAAAUUGUCUGUACGUUAAUGAGACCUUCUAAGUUUGCAUAAUUUAUUUAUUCUAUUUUAUUUGGGUA